AUGGAUAAGGCCUACAAGAAUGGAAAGAUAUGGACUCAUCAACCAUAUGGGUCCAUCAAAUUAGAACCUUGGUUGAUCUUUCCAGACAAGUCCACUUUCCUAGAUGUUUUGAGGAGUUUUUGCAUACAAGAGGGGUUUGGACUUAGUGUUGAGAGGGCUGACAGUAAGAGGUACACUGCAGUGUGUGCAAUAGAAACUUGUGACUGGAGGAUACAUGCAAGUAAGAUGUUUGACAGUGUCAGUUGGGCUAUUAAGGGGAUCAGUGGGUGCCACAAAACUUGUGGGAUAUUGGAGGAGAACCCUGUGGUGACCUCUGAGUGGCUAUGUAAGAACAUGAUGAGUCUAAUUGAGGCCAACACUGAAAUUCCUGUUGAGACAUUGAGAAGGUAUGCACAGGAGACAUUUCAAUUGAGGGUUAAAAAGAGAUUGUUGUACAAAGUAAGGAGUAUGGCAAUAGAGAAGAUACAUGGUGGUUGGGCUGAGGCUUAUGAGUUGCUUCCUAGGUAUGCUGAGAUGAUGAAACAGACAAACCCAGGAAGUUAUGCACUGAUUUCAUGGGGUGCUACAAGUGGGGAUGUGAACCCCAAGUUCAGAGCUUGUUUCUUCUCCUUUGCUGCUCAAGUCAAGGGGUUUUUGAGGGGGUGCAGGCCUAUAAUUGGAAUAGAUGGGGCUCAUCUAAGUGGGUUUUACAAGGGAAUCCUACUCACAGCUGUUGGCAUUGAUGGGAACAAUGAAAUAUUUGUUCUGGCUUAUGGGAUAGUGGACACUGAGAGCUGUGAUAGUUGGACACAUUUCAUGACAUGCUUGAGGCAGAUGUUUGAGCAAGAGGGUUGCAACAAAGAUGAUUGGACCUUCAUCAGUGACAGGAUGAAGGGAGUUGACUUGGCAGUGAGAGAUACUUUUCCUAGAGCUACUAGGAGAGUUUGCUGCCAACACUUGUACAUGAAUUGCAAAAACAAUGGAUUUAGUGGAUCUGCUUUCUUCAAACUGUUUUGGAUAGCUGCAAAUGCACACAAUGAGUAUGUGUAUGGUAAAGCAUUAGAGAAGAUCACUGCUCAUGAUCCAAAUGCUGCUGCAUACUUGGACACAUGCCAGGAGCAGUGGUCCAGGCAUAUGUUUGACCCUGCUGUUUGUUGUGAUCACAACACAACAAACUUUGUGGAGUCAUUCAAUGCAUGCACAAAACCAUACAGAGACAUGCAUGUAUUCUCAUUGUUGGAAGCAAUCAGAAAGUGGUGUAUGGAGAGGGUUGGGGCAAGAUUUGACAUGGCAAUUGAUAUGGAGGAUGCCUGUGGUGGGGGGGAAUUUGAGGUCAGAGAUGCACAUGUGAACUUCCCCAUCAGGUUAUCAACUAGAAGAUGUGGGUGUGGGAAGUGGCAAAUUUCUGGAAUCCCCUGCAAGCAUGCACUCAGGCCUCUAGUCAUCAAAAGACAAGCUGGCAGACCUGCUAAGAAGAGAAAGAGAGGACCAAAUGAACCCAGGAAGGGGAAAAGGAACAGCAAUGUGAAAUGUGGAAAGUGCAGGGAGUUUGGUCAUAACUCAAGGACAUGUAAGAAUGGAGGACCAAGCAUUGGACCAAGCACUUCAGCAGCAGCAGGAGCAAGUACAUCACAAGGGGGUCCAAGGGGGAGGAAAAGAGCAAACACAGCAACUUAA